UCUUCCUGGUCUCAAGAUAGUUCAGUAGAUGGUGGCUUUGAGGUUCAAGUGAAUAGACAUCAUCUUCCCAAUCAUGACAGAGGAGCCAGAGAUAUAGAGGGUAUAGGUCAGUAACAGCAUACGGUCUAGCACACACUUUAUCAUGCACGAGGAUCCAGGUUCAAGCCCCUGGCAGUGGCACUUGGAAAGAAGCAGCUUCGUGAGUGCUGGAGAAGUGCUGUGCUGUUUCUCCUCUCUUUGCCUUUCUCCUUCUCUGUCUCUCCUAUCUAAAAAAAAGUCUGGGGGUCGGGUGAUGGCAUACCUGUGGUGAAGCAGGUCUGCAGAUGUCUAUCUUUCUCUCUCUCUCUUUCUUCCUAUCUGCUCUCAGUAUCUUUUUGUCCUAUCCAAUAAAAUGGCAGAAGGAAUAAAAGAAAAUGAAAGUAGUGAUUAACUGCCCGAUUGAAAAAAAAUAUAUCUGCUGGGAGUGGUGAGACUGUGUAGAUAUGGAUAACCCUGGUGGUAAAAAAAAAAAAAAAAAAAAAACGAACUGGGAGUCGGGUGAUAGCGCAAUGGCUUAAGUGCACAUGGUGCAAAGCACAAGGACUGGCAAAGGACCCCGGUGGUUGGAGCCCCCGGCUCCUCACCUGCAGGGGAGUCGCGUCACAAACGAUGAAGCAAGCCUGGCAGGUGUCUAUCUUUCUCUCCCCCUCUCUGUCUUCCCCUCCUCUCUCCAUUUCUCUCUGUCCUAUCCAACAACAAAGACAUCAAUAACAACAAUAAUAACUACAACAAAGGCACCAAAAGGGAAUAAAUAAAUAAAUAAAUAUAAAAAAAAACACCAAACGAACUAACAAACAAACAACAACAAAAGAAAAAAAGAAAGAAAAAGAAAAGAGUUCCAUAAGUACAACUUGGUGGAUAUUAUUCAUCAGCCCCAUCACUCCUUCACCAGAGCUGACAUGAGAGUCUGGGAAGCAUCAUGGGAGGCAGAAUGACAAGAACUUCUGAUUCAGAGCAUGUGCGCUUCCUGGAGCAGCAGAACCAGGUGCUGCAGACCAAGUGGGAGCUGCUGCAGCAGAUGGAUGUCAGCACCAGCACCGCCAACCUGGACCCCCUCUUCCAGGCCUACAUUGGCCAGCUAAAGAAACAUGUGGAUUCGCUUUCUGCAAAGCGGACCUCACAGGAGUCAGAGCUGAACAACAUGCAGAAUCUUGUUGAGGAGUUUAAGAAGAAGUAUGAGGAUGAAAUCAAUAAACGCACCUGUUCUGAGAAUGAUUUUGUGACCCUGAAAAAGGAUGUGGACAAUGCCUACAUGACUAAGGUGGAGCUGCAGGCCAAGGUGGACUGUGCGAACCAGGAGCUGGAGUUCCUGAAGGUCCUCUUUAGUGCGGAGCUGUCCCAGAUCCAGCAGACCAUCACGGACACCAGUGUUAUCCUGUCCAUGGAUAACAACCGGAACCUGGACCUGAACAGCAUCAUCUCCGACAUCCAGUCCCAGUACGAGAGCAUUGCUGAGAGGAGCAAGACGGAGGCCGAGAACCUGUACCACAGCAAGUAUGAGGAGCUGCAGGUCACCGCGAUGAAGCAUGGAGACAGCCUGAAGGACAUCAAGAUGGAGAUUAGUGAUCUGAACCGCAUGAUCCAGAGGCUGCAAGGGGAGAUCGCCCAUGUGAAGAAGCAGUGCAAGAGUGUGCAAGACUCCAUCACAGACGCUGAGCAGAAGGGUGAACACGCCAUCAAGGACGCAAGGAACAAACUCACGGAGCUGGAAGAGGCCCUGCAGCAGAGCCGAGAGGACCUGGCCUGCCUGUUGCGUGACUACCAGGAGCUCAUGAACGUGAAGCUGGCCCUAGACAUGGAGAUUGCCACCUACAGGACCCUGCUGGAGGGCGAGGAGUGCAGGAUGUCUGGGGACCUCAGCAGCAACGUGACCAUGUCUGUGACGAGCAGUACCAUGUCUUCAAGCAUAGCGUCCAAGGCUGGCUUUGGAAGCCAGGGCUCUGGAGGGAGAGGAUCCAGUUCUGGAGGAGGAGGUGGAGGAGGAUACAGUUUUGGAAGCAGCAGUUAUGGCUCUGGAGGCAGAGGAUCCAGCUCCAGAGGUGGUGGAGGAAGCUAUGGCUCUGGUGGUGGCUCCAGAGGAGGCUCGGGGUCUGGAGGAGGAUAUGGCUCAGGAGGAGGUUCUGGAGGAAGACAAGGUUCUAGAGGAGGCUCCGUCUCUGGAGGAGGAUAUGGGUCAGGUGGAGCUUCUAGUUCUGGAGGUGGAUCCAGAGGAGGUUCUGGUUUUGGAGGGGGCUAUAGCUCUGGAGGUGGCUCCAGAGGAGGCUCUGGAGGGGGCUAUGGCUCAGGUGGUGGCUCUGGAGGGGGAGGUUGUAGCUCUGAAAAAGGUGGUUCAGGUGAAGGCUGUGGUUCCAGUGUGACCUUCUCCUUUAGAUAAAUUCAGGGUCUUCUCCCUUGACUCUCCCACUCCAGACUGCAGAAUCAUGUCUCUGUACCUCUAAUUUACAGCCUGUCAAAUCUUGUCACUCACCUCUGUUGGCAUUUUGGGAGGGUAGGGAUGCCCACAUAUAGUUUGACAUGUCUUCUUUCCAAACCAAUUAGUCAGAGCCGAAGACUCCCUCUGUGCCCCAGGAAGAGCCUGCACCAGCUAGGUCAGUGCUUCCAGCAGCAACCCCACUCCUCCCCCUCCCUGCACUGCCCCAUUUGGUGGUCCUUUUCCCAGCAGGCAUCCUGUUGAGGACCCCUGUCCCCCUCAAAUCCCAUACCUCUCCCUAGGGGAAUGUGAUUCUGUGUACAUAGCCUGUCUUGCUGCCUCUGCAUCUGGAGUGCUAUUAUCUGGGUGUCUGUACAAUAAAUUACAUUUGCAAC